AGCUCACCACACAAAACCCAUCGAUCGACCACCGCAAGCACAAGGGCAGGAUGGCUACCACCACCAGCUCCACCGCCCUCCUCAUCGCCCUCGUCGUCCUGGCCGGCCUCGCCGACCUGCACGCCGCCACAGCCGACCCGAGGCCCGUCCACGCCGCGGAACUCUCGGUGCCGGCAUGGGCGGCCGGGCAGCCAAUGACGGCCCCGGAGCUGGAAGGGAUGAUGGAUUGCAUGAUGGGGUGCUGGACGACGGUGAUGGGCUGCGUAUUCGGGUGCAUGGCCAAGCCCCCCGCCGACAUGCCGGUCUGCUGGUUCAGCUGCGACCAGACCUACGUUAUGGGCAUGAUCAAAUGCGCCCUCACGCCCUCGCCGCCGGCACCGGCGCCACCCAAGCCGCCUGCCCCGCCCGCCCGGCCAUAAUACCGAUCGAGACCUCCACCUCUAGACGCCGACAAUCACCGUGCAUGAUACGUACCAGUGAUAUGUUAUACGGGUUGAUGACUAAAAACAAGACACAUGAAUAUAUCAUACGAGCAUAUGAUAUAUAUGCUCUAUCCAUAACUCAUCAUAACUGUGUGAUUGUGUUAUGCACGUACCAGUUAGGUUGAUCUUCCAACUUCAUGUAAUCCAAUGAUGGGUUGUGAGUUUCACCUGUAUCUGCAAUGAAUUUUAUAUGUGUAUAUGUAAUUUUUAUA